GGAGACUAGAAGAUGCACUCCGUCUGUUCACUCUGUCGCAGUGUCAGAAGGUGUAGGGUUUCACAGGCACGUGUAGGAGGGGCAUACACUGCUGGUCUAGACUCUGGAGAAGUCUGUCGUUUUGUUGUUGAUGAACUUUCUUCAGGUGUUGCUUUCUUCUGUCCGUUGAUGUGCCACCGUGUUGCAGCCUACCAUCUUUUCUCCCAUCUUUUGAGGAGAAGUUGAAAAAGAAAAACAAAGACAUGUUGCUGCUGUUUCUGAUUUCUGCUGUCUUCUUCAUGCCCAGUGCAUGGGGCCAGAGCAGCAGCAGUCUAGGUGUGGUGGUGGUGGAGGCCCGCAACAUCACCCUCCCAGCCGGAACACAGGCGGUACUGCCCUGCAACAGCCCCCGCAUGGUGUGGACCCGGGACCGCCUGAAGGACCGCCAGAGGGUGGUCCACUGGGAUCUGGUCCGGAGCAUACCAGAGUACUCUGUGGAGAGGAUACUGGACAUGUCCCCUGGGGUCAAAGAGAGAGUCUACAAUGGGUUCAACAAGGGCCGCAUAACCAUCCCCAAAACCGCCUUCACUGACGGGAACUUCUCCCUCGUCAUCAACAAUGUGGGAGCAGCUGACCGAGGUGUUUAUAGUUGUAACCUGCACCACCACUACUGCCAGCUGCACCAAUCCAUCAAGAUACAACUCAACACCACCAAGUCAGCCCGUAAGGAGAAGCGGUACUGGGACGGGGACAAGACAGUGUUUGUGGUGUUGCUGGGGAGCUCAGUGGUGUUGCCGUGUGUGAACCGGCGGCCCCUGUGGACGGAGGGCCAGCAGGAGGACCAGCAGCAGGUAGCCCACUGGGACUGGCAGCCCCCUGGGGUGAGACCUGAUUUGGCUGACCGCCUGGUGGACCUGUACGCUUCCGGAGAGCGCAGACAGUAUGGACCGCUCUUCCCCGUGGAUAAGAUGAGUGUUUCUGAGGAUGCCUUCUCUGUAGGGGACUUCUCUCUGACCAUCUCUAACCUGCAGCCCAUCGACAAGGGCCUGUACUCCUGCCACCUGCACCACCACUACUGUGGCCUGCACGAGAGACGUAUCUUCAGACUCAUGGUGGGGCCUCCACUCCCCCCACCUCCUCUGGUCCUCACUGCAGCUCCUGCUGUCCCCCACGCACUCCCCAAUGACGACCCAAGCCACAACGUGGUUGAACUUGAGAGGCCACGAGUAGUCAACGUCAUCCUCCCUGAGCACCGAGGGCACUUCUUCCAGCAGCUGGGUUACAUCCUGGCUACCUUCUUCCUCCUAGCCUUCAUCAUCACAAUAGUCAUUGUGCUUACCACACGACGCAGAAAGAGAGGGCUGGAGUAUGACUUGCAAAGAUCUAAACGGAGGGGUCAUGUGACUGACCAUGAGGACAUUGCAUUGGACGCCACAGAGCUGAAGGUCUGCAACCAGGAACACCUGAAUUCAGAUUACAAAAACAACUUACUGAAAGAGAGAGAUAUGUCCAAAGACCGCAAUAAAGAAAUGGAUGGAAAGUUGUGGAAGUGAGACAGAAAUAGCUGAUAUGCUGCUGGCUGGUCCAGGGCAGACACCCCCUUACCAAACUCUCUUACCAAAACAUUUCUAUUGCUGCGCCAGUCAAUGUUUUUUUGUUUUAUAUUUUCAUACUGGUAAAGUCUGUAUUCUGAUCUGCUGUGAUUUCAACAUGGCUAGAUAUGUCUUCAAUUUUAUAUUACACAGAUAUUUUUUUGUCAAGUAUUUUAUAUAACAAAAACACAGUGUACUGUACAACCUUCCUUUUUGUAUGUAACAAAACACUUUCUAUCACUGUAUUCCUUUAAUUCACUCUUCAAACUUUUCAUUUUCAGAAUGCAUGUUGUCUUUUAUUGUGUGUGGGAAAACUGUCAUGCUCCAUGUAUGAUUUGAGUGCAGCAAGCUCAUAACGCUUUGAGUAUGUUUAUUAAAAUAUUUGCACAAACCUUUCUGUAAUUUACUGUUAACACAUUACAUUUAGCCAACGUAUCCUUUCUGUAAAGAGUCAUAAGUAGUUUAUAGCCAGGCUUUUAAUUAUUCAUUGGUAGAUUGCUUAUAAAUGAGUAAUAAGCCGUUAUAACUGUAUUCUUACCAAGUCCAUUUGUGAUUGAUGAUCAUGGACCACAAAGAAGGCUAUACAUGUAAUGGAACUCAGGAAAACAAGCCUUGAACAGAAUCCAGAUGUGUUUUUUAGGAAUGUAUGUUAGGAUAUGUCCGUUUGUAUGUGAGUGAUUGUCUAAUUGUGUAAUGCAGGCUUGCAAUACACUGUAAAGUUUGGAGCUGUCAAGUUGACAAGACAAAGAAUCUUGCAAUCUGGGUUAUUAGGAUUCGUGUAGAAACGGGAACGAAGAGGACUAAGUAAGUUUGUAGAAGAUGUCAUAUGUUUCAAUUACUGUAAUUGAAUAAAGGGGUCCUGACACUUUCA